ACGCAGUAAACAUACACAAACUAUUAUAGGCCUACUCUUGGACUCGGGUUAUUUUGUGUAAUCAUUUUCACAACCCGAUUUCCAAUACCCUGUCCUUUGAAUUACUCAUCAUGCUGCUACUUAAUUAGGACUGCUUCUUUCUUGGAGAGUAAUAGUCUUUAAUAAUAGAUAUAUAGAUUAUCUAGACUAGAUUCUAGAUUUAGAUCUACAUUCUACUGUUUAUGCAGAGGAUGCACAUUUAUGAGGCCAGUGCUGCCUUAGAAUCCAAGAAACAGUACAGAUAGAUUUCCAGUUCAGGAAAAGAGACAACAUGUCUGAUGAAAAAGGUGAAGCGAGUCUGCCCCCCUCCGGGGCUGCAACCCCUAAAGGCAAGCUGGACUCGCUGAACAGAGAAGACCUUGUGAAGUUUGUCAAGCGGCAAACAAUGCUGCUCCAAAAAUUGAAAGUUAAAAAUGGAGAACUGGAAGCGAAAAUUGCGGAAAAAGAAAAUCUUAAAGAACAGGAAGUGGACACAGCCAAAAAAAAUCAACUGGAGGAGCAGCUGGCCGAACUGCAGCAGGAGAAAGAGGAGGCUGUGGCGGCCUACAGGUCAGCUCAAGCAACUCAGGAGGCUUCUCACGAUCAGAUGAAGGUGCUGGAACAAAAGUGUCAACAGUUGGUGGAGGAGAAGGACGCUGUCUGUGACAAAUUUGUCAAAUUUGAAAAGAAGAAUAAGGAGUUGCUGGAAGAAAUUGAGUGUUUGAAAAUGAAGGAUGAAACUUUGAUGUCAACUUUGCAGUGUCUACAGCAAGAGCAAGCAACUUUAGCCGAUAAUAAUAAGGUUCUGAUAUCGGAAAAAUCAUCCCUUCAAAUCAAAGUUGAAGAUCUGGAGGGUGACGCUGCAGCUUGGAAAGAAGAAAAAGAAGCGCUUUUAGUUGAGUUUGGUUCUUUUAAAGAUUCAAGCGAAAUGUUAGGAAAAAUGGAGGAGGAAAAUAAGAGACUGCAGGAAAAUCUUGACCUGGCGAAGAAGGAGAAGGAAGAAGCUGAGAGCAAACUCGAAGCCUUCCAGGAUAAAUUUGAACAGAAACAGGAGCAGGUUGAACUUCUUCAGGCUGAGAUUGGCAGACUGCAGGACGAAGAGCAGAAGAGGCUGGAGCUCUCCGCCCAGCUCGCUCAGGCCCAGGAGAAGCUACAGGAGCUACAGGGUGAGGCAGACAUGAGGAACAGUGUUGAGGGAGAGCAGGACAAGAGGCUGGAAGCUUUGCUGCAGGAACUAGAGGAGGUUAAGAGAUCUGCUGAUAACACGAGGGUGGAGUGUGACCAGAAAGUACAAGCUCUGACAGCUGAUCUCGAGAGAAUGUGUUCCGAGAAAGAAAGUCUCACUGAAGCUAAUCAUCAGUUAUCGGCUGAGUUGGAGCAGAGUAGAACUGAACUUGGUGAGAGUGUGAGGUUGUUAGAGCAGACUAAGGCUGAGGCAACGCAGUCACGAGGAGAUGAAAGUGGACAACAUACUGAGGAGGAAGUAGCUGUUGUAACAAAAUCGCCCGGAGAAAGAGAGACAACCGAUGUUGAAAGCUCUCAGAUACAAACUCUUCAGGCUGAAUUAGACAAGGCUAGGGCCAAACUGUCCGACUAUGAGGCCAGUCUGGGCGAUGAAGUUAGCAUUGAUGUUAUUCAAAACCUUCAACAAGAACUGACGGAGGCCAAGAUCAAAAUAAGUGAACUGGAAGCGGCCACAAGUGAUGGGGAUAUGAAAUCGAGUAAAGAGAACCUGCUAGAGGGCGAGGGGGAGAGAGGUAUCGACACGGAGGAAAAGGAUGGAAAUAAUUCUGGUUGUCCAGAGUCGACUCUAGAUUGUCAGACGUACACAGAGAAAAUCCGGCGUUCUAUUCAGGUGGUCAGUCAAACGUUCAGCGAGGACACCACCAGCGUAGACGAUGGACCAGCCACUGUGGAAGAGCUGACCCGUAAAGUGGCCGAGCUGGAGGCGGAUCGGAGUGAGCUGAGGGCCACGGUGGAACGUCUGGAGGGGGAGAAGGGUGCCGGUGCUGGCGCUGAGGGUGGUGACGGUGAGGGAGCCCGGGGGCAGGUCAUGGAGGGAGGGGGAGAUAACUACCCCGAGGUGCUGGCAGAGCUGGAGGCGCGUCGACAACACCUGGAGGAGAAGCUGGUGGUGCUGGGUGACAAACACGAGACGCUCACCUUUGAGUUGGAAGAGGUGCAGGCUGAGCGAGACAGUAUGAGAGGAGAAAUGGAUUCCCUCCAGAGGCAACUGAGUGAGUGGGAGAACCUCAUGGAGAUGCUCAAAGGAGAGAAGGAGCAGCUGGCACAGGAACUGGAGGAAGCCACCAACAGGGAUGAAUCGCUCCGGAAGGAACUAGAAUUUCUUCUGUCGUCCCUCAAUGAAGCUAUAACGGAGCGGGACUCUCUGCAAGACGAAGUGUUCAAAAUGCAGGAUGGCAGCGCUUUGGGAGAAAUGAAAGAGAUGAAAUCAAUGAUUGAUGACAUAAUCAAAGAACGAAACAGACUACUCUCAGAACUGGAUACCGUUUUAACUGCUAAAGCAGACCAGGCCAUCGCUAUUGAGGGACUCAAACGAGAACUGAAGGAAGUUCAAGAGGAGAAGACGGAUAUAGAAAGAGAGAAGGAGUCCCUCACAGUGCAGGUGCACCUGGCAGAGGAGAAAGACAGCAGCGUUGGGGAAGAACUGGCUCAGGUGCAAGAGAAGUGCAACAAGCUGGAGGAAGAAGUGAGUGCCCUCCGGUCUACUGAGACGUCGAUGAAGGAGGCAGCAGAACGCGCUCAAGCCAGGGCUUCGGAGGCUGAGAGUGUGGCAGAAGAGAGAAAGAGUUACGCACAAGAACUGGAAACUCAGAUACUUGAGUUGUCCAACUCGCUGUCUGACUCCAAGACUCGGUACGGAGUGCUGAAGGAGCAGUUUGAGUCGGCCGUGAGCAACCAGACGGAGGUCGGAGAGUACUGCAAGCAGGUGGAGGAACUGCAGAGUAAGGUCGGGGAACUGGAGCGCUUGCAUACACAAGUGGCUGGAGAGAAACUAGCCGUGGAAGAAGAGAAAGGGAGCCUGUCGCAGGCUAAGCAGCAAGUGGAGGAGGAGAGGGACAUGCUGCUGGAGGAGAAACAAAGGAUCUCGGAGGAGCUCGGAAAGCUGGGGGAAGAGAGAAGGUCGGGAGAGGAGCAAAGAUCACAAUUGGAAGAGGAACGACAGAAAGCAGUGGAAGAAAGAGAUAGGAUAGAAGAGGAGAAAAAGAGCCUGGAGGAGCAGGUGGCAAGUCUGAGUGAAGAGGUAUCGAAGGCGUCCGGUGACAGCUCUGGUCUGAGCGACUCUCUGAAAGAAGCUUUGGCCAGCAGGGAUCAGCUGCAGGCAGAGUUGGAACAACAGGGGAAUGCACUGAAAGCCGUAGAAAUGGAAUUGAGUGAUAUAAAAGAGAAAGAUCAGAAAGCUCAAGACUUGUUGGCUCAAAAUGCUGGAGAGCUAUCUCAAGUUAGUCAGGAGAAGGAAUCAGUCUUAAAAUCUGUGGAUGAACUCACGGAAAAGCUUCAUUUGCUUUCAGCAGAGAAAGCAGAAAACGAAAGACUUCGAGACGAAGCCGUUGCUGAGAGAGAUUCUUUAAUGUCCAAUGUGGAGGAGGGUAGGAAGGAGAUAGAAAGACUCAAUGCAAAGCUUGACUCUAUAGAGCAAGAACUGGCAGUAACAAAAGAAUCCAGUAAACAGGCGGAGGACUCCAGUGGCUGUUUAGCCUCAGAGCUCAAGAAGAAUGCCGAGGACACUGAAGUUUUGAGGCAAAGUCUAGCUCAGAUUGAGUCAGAAUUAAAAAAGGAAAGAGAAAGCCUUACUGCCGUGGAGGAAAGUGCAGCAAAAACAAAAGAUGAAAAUGAGACAUUAUCCCAGAAAAUUAAGGAACUGGAAAAUAGUUUGAGAGAGGGGAGCUCUGAAAAGGAUCAACAGGAAGAAAAAGUGUUGCACACCAUGGAAAAAUCAAAAGAAAUGGAGGAAAAGCUAUCGCUCUCUGAGCAAGAAAUUGCUGAGUUGAAAGCUGAGUUGUCAAGGGUGGGCCAAGAAAAUUCCGAUCUUUCGCAAAAGUUGGAGUCUGCUGUAACAGAUUUGAACACCCUGCCUGGUCUUGAAGAAAAGUUCAAACUUGCCACGGAAAGAGUGACAGAGCUGGAGAGUAUUCUCUCUAACAAAGAAGAGGAACUGAUAGCAGGGACGACAAGGGUUGGUGAACUGGAAGCCUCCAGAGAUGAACUCACUUCCAAGGUGGAAGAGCUGAGCCAACUGAGGGAGACAAUCCAGGCGUCUCUGGAAGGCAGCCAGGUAGAGAAAGACGAAGUACUUGGUCAGACUGAGAGUGUGAGAGAAACGCUCAAAGAGGUACAGGCCUCUCUGCAGCUGGCUGAACAGGAAAAGUCUAGUUUGGCUGCGGAAAAAGAGAGGCUACUACUAAACCUACAAGAGGUUACGGCAGGAUAUGAAGGAAAGAUUUCCGAAAAUGUUGGAAAUCUUACGUCAGAACUUGAGAAAAAUAACAAAGAACGAGAAAGGGAGACCUUGGCUCUGACAUCACAGCUUGAGGAAUCCAGGAACGCUGUUUCUCAACUCGAAUCGACUAUAGAGGCUCUGAAAUCUGAACUGAAUGCCUUAACGCAAAAGAAUCAGGAAAUUCUUGAAGAACAAAAUUCUAUAGAAUCACAGAUUAAUGCUUUGAGGCAGGAGAGGGAUGAGCAAGCCAGCCAGUUGACAGCCAGUGAAGAAACAAUUGUAGGCUUAACAGACAAACUGUCCGUCUCUCAGAAUGAACUCGCUAGUCUUACCUCCGAGCUCACGAAUAUAAAACAGGAGCGGGACAGCCUCGUUCUGAGGGAGAAGGAACUCAAAGAGCUUUCAGAUGUGAACGCAUCCAGUUUGGAGACGGAGAAAGACGGCUUGAGAACGACAAUAUCUGAGUUGCAGACCCAGCUCGGAGAGGCAAAGGAGAAACUGACCGGUUAUGAGACUCAGUGUGAGGAGUUGAGGGCACAGCUGGCAGCUCAGGCGGACCGCUCCCAGACAGAGCAAGAAAGUCUGCAGAAACAGACAGAGGAGGAAGCCUCGGAGUUGAGUGAGCUGAGAGUGCGGCUAAAGGAAAAGGAAGAGCUGAAUGGGAAACUGAAGCAGCUGGCCAUCAAGUCCAAGAAAGAGUUGGGAGAGAAGCAGAAUAAGCUUGAAAGUUUGUCAAAGGAACUAUCUCAAGCGGUCGAAGCACAAGAGCAGCUAUCUGCCGAGAACGCUGCUUUGAAAAAGCAGGCAGAGGGCUCAGAGGAUCAGCUCUCACAGGAGCUCAAUGCGUGCAGAGAAAAUUAUAAGCUACUGCAGGCAGAUUUUGACGCUGCUCAGGAUGAAGUGGAGAAAGAACGGCAGUCUGUGAAAACAGCUCAGUCUGAUGUAGAACAGCUGGUCUCUCAGCUGACGGAGCUGAAGGGCCAGGCGGCGGCUGACAGGGAAGAGAAGAGUCAACUGGAGAAGAUGAUGGAUACCCUCAAGGGAGAAGGAAAGACAAAAGAGAGUCAGCUGGAGGAGCAGCGAACAAAGCUGCAUGUCCUGGAGACAGAGAUGGCUGCCGUGCGCAUACAACUGGAGGAGAUUGUCAAGGAGAAGCAGGCGUCGGACCAGCAACUGUCCGCGGUCGAGGCCAAGGCCAAGAGCGCCGAAGACUCCCACCAGACGCAAGUGCUGAAGCUGAAGGCAGAGAUGAACGAGGUGCAGCAGGAGCUGAACACGGCCAAGCAGUCGGUGACUCAGAGCAGCAUGAUGGACCUGGAGAUGGCCGACUACGAGCGCACGGUCUCGGCACUGAACACACAGGUGUCGGAGAAGAAUAAAAAACUGGAAGAGCUGAAGACUGAGAUCGACAAGCUAGAGCAGAGGAUCGCCUUGAUGCAGACUCAGAUUAACGCCGGGGAAGAGCAGCGCUUGCAGGCCGAAGAUCGGGCCAACAAGCUGAAGCAGCUGUUAGUGAAGACAAAGAAAGAUUUGGCAGACGCAAAAAAAUUGGAGUCUGUUCAGCGCACCUCAGAUGCUCAGUUGAGAGGCCAGCUAGAGAACACAAGCCAGGUGUUGGAAGAGUACAAGCUUCAGAUCUCAGAGCUGACUGCUGAUAAUCAAAAGUUGAAGGACAAAAUGAAAGGCAUUGGUGACACCAACCAGCGAACCGUGCAUUCCCUCGAGGCUAAAGUACAAACUUUGUCGGAGGAGCUCCAGAUAGCACAGGGGGAGCUGCAGUCUGUGCAGGCUGAGUACGACAGCUACAAGGUGCGAGCUCACAGCGUGCUCAGGCAACAACGGUCCAAGGCACCAGCCGAUGUCUCGGGCGAGUCCGAAAAGCAAGAGCGGGAGAGAUUUGAGAAUGCCAUAGACCAGUUGAAAUCCAAGCUGACCGAAGCUCAGGACCAGCUUAGUACUGCUAGGAAAGAAGGGGAGCUUGCGCAGGAAGAUCAUGAUAGACUGCUUCAACGUCACACCAAACUACUCAGUGACCUAGAGGAGAGAGAAGCCUCAUUCCGUCUCAGAGCUGAAGAGCUGUCGAAGGAGAAGGAAGAAGCUGUCAAAGAGGUGCAAGAGAAAUUGUCUUCUGUCGAAGCUCAGAAGUCUGUGCAGGCCCAAAAGUACAGGGAACAAAUUCUCAAGAUGAGAGAGGAGUCGGAGAGCACACAAGAGCUGCUGCAGAAACAGCUGGACACCUCGGAGAUGGACAAUGUCCGGCUACAGCGUGAGAUUCAGCAGUUGCAGCGAUCCUCAAGGGGGCGGGACGAGGUGGUUGAGCACACCUCCCCACACGAGUUCUACCCAAUCACAUCGCAUCCUGUGGAGGAACGGCAAGAAGGGGAGGGCUCGGAGCUGGUGGAACCAGAACCCAUCAGGUCAAUGAGGACUGGACAGUCACAACAGAGUAACGUUUUUACGUUUGAACAGCUCAUUGCCACGCCGAUGGAAGAACUGCCUGGCUUGAAGAAACCGCCCACUCCUAGCAUGGAUGAGGACACUCUGAGAACAAAUCUGUCAGCCUCUCAGAAGAAGAUAGACCACUUGACGACGCUCCUCAGCGAGAGCGAGGAAUCUGUCUCGAGACUGACGGAGCAGGCAAAAAUCCUCAAGGAUGAGAUCCGUCGCCUGGAGCGCAACGCAGACCGAGAGAGGGAGCUGCAGAACAUGGAGUACCUGAAGAACAUCUUCUUGCAGUUUGUCUGUCCCAAAGUCGGAGAGCAGCGGGUGCAGCUGGUCCCCGUGUUGAGCACCAUGCUCAAACUGAGCCCAGAGGAGAAGGCCCAGGUGCAAGAAGUGGCGCAAGGGGAGGACGCUGCUCAGCAGGGAGCACAGGCAGGGGGCUGGGGUUCGUACCUUCACAGGUGGUCGGGCCUCACGUAAGUGUGGUAGUUAGGGGAUGGCGCAAGAGGAGGAGACCGCCUCAGCAAGACGCGUGGUGGAGAGUAGGUUGGGUGGGGUUCAUACCUGCACUGAUGCUCAUGCCUCACAUAGGUGUGGUAGGGGAUGGCACAGGAGUUAGGAGACCUACUGUCAGUAAGGCAGAUGUGCUGGAGGUUUGUGUUGUUAGGACCAGCAGAAGUGGUCAAGCCUCAUGUUACUACUGCCUCGAGGGAAAGACAAGUGUUUCUUGGUCAGUACAGAGUGCUAUCUUGUAGGUUUUUCUUUCUCGCCUUUCUUGCCGCUCUUGUCGUCUUGUCUUGUUUGUGAUAGAAGGACUGUGUGUGCCGUUGGCAGAUUCUGCUGAAUGAGCCAUUAGGUAUCGCACAUGGAUUUGCGGGUGGUUGACGGGUGCUCUGGUGUGGUUUGCUUCUUCUUUCUUAUCAAACAUCUAUCGUCGUCCUU